AUGGCUCCCUUUGCCCAGAUCCUGGCUGAAAUUGGCAGCUUGUGUCGCUUCCAGGUACGGCUGCUGAUACUGCUGAGUGUCCCCAACUUCCUGACUGCCUUCUACGUGUGCGCCCAGGUCGUCACGGUCCUGGACGAGGCCCACCACUGUUCAGUGGCCUAGGUCAAGAACCAGACCCUGAACCUGAGCACUGCUGAGCAGCUGGUGCUGAGAGUGCCUGCAGGUGCUGCGGGCAGCCCCGAGCCCUGCCUCACGUUCCGGCCGCCCCCGGACGGCGCCAGCCUGGAGGACAUCCUCAGCCACAGCUUCAACGAGACACAGCCUUGCGCGGUGGGCUGGGUCUACCCUGAGGGCAGGCCCCCAUCCCUAAAGGAUGAGUUUAGCCUGGCGUGUGGCCGGAAGCAUCUGAAGGAGACCUCCCAGUCAGUGUACGUGGCUGCGCUUCUCAUCGGGACGCUCAUCUUCGGACCCCUCUGUGGCUGGAUUGGGCGAAAGGCCGCCGUCCCGGUGCAGCUGCUACUCUUGGCCAUCCUCGGCGUGGGCACAGCCUUUGUCCCCAGCUUUGAGCUCUGCAUGGCCCUGAACUUUGCUGUGGCCACGGCCGUCGCUGGAUAUGCCUUGAGCAACAUUACCCUAUUUGCAGAGUGGGUGGGGCCCUCAUGGGGGACUCGGGUGGUGGUCUUGGCCCACUGCGCCUUUUCUGUGGGGCAGAUGGCCCUCUCAGGACUUGCCUGUGGAGUCCGGAACUGGAGACUCCAGAUUGCUGGCACUGCACCUGUCUUUCUACUCUUCUUCUACUUCUGGUCACAGCCAUUUCCAACCUACCGGGCGCUGCCUGAAUCUGCAUGGUGGCUUCUGACCCGGGGGAGGGUAGAGGAGGCUAAACAACUGAUCCAGAAGGUGGCCUUGGUCAACAGGCGAGAACUCUCCCCCGAGCUCCUGAGCCAGCUGGUCCCAGAGAAGACCGGCCCCAUGGGAAAUGCCCCGGAUCUGUUCCGACACCCCCAGCUCCGGAAGGUCACCCUGAUUCUCUUCUAUGUCUGGUUUGUGGACAGCGUGGUGUACUUUGGCCUGGGCCUCCAGGUGGGGGGCUUUGGGCUGGAUAUCUACGUGACACAGCUAAUCUUUGGAGCGGUUGAGGUACCUGCCCGCUACUGCAGCAUCUUCACGAUGGAGUGGUUGGGCUGCAGAUGGAGCCAGCUGGGGACUCUGGUUCUGGGUGGCGUCAUGUGUAUCACCAUCCUCUUUGUCCCAGCAGAUCUGCCAGUGGUGGUCACUGUGCUGGCUCUGGUGGGGAAGUUUGCCACAGCGGCCAGAUUUACCAUCUCCUACACGUACUCUGCUGAGCUCUUCCCCACCGUCAUCAGGCAGACGGGCCUGGGGCUGGUGGGCCUCUUCUCGAGGAUUGGGGGCAUCCUCACGCCGCUCGUGAUCCUGCUGGGCAAGUACCACGCAGCCCCCCCCAUGCUCAUCUACGGCAGCCUCCCCAUCGGGGCGGGCUUACUCUGCGCCCUGCUGCCAGAGACACGUGGCCAGACCCUGAAGGACACCGUGGACGACCUGCAGCACGAGUCCUGCCCACGCUCUCUGAACGCAGUGCCCUCAGAAAAGGAUCCGGAGGCCUCGGGAGGUACUUCCAGCCCAGGGGUAGCCUUUGGAGCAGCAAGCACAUACCUCUGA